ACCGUCCUGCUGCCAUGUUGGAUUGAAGGAUCGUUAUUGCUUUAGGAGUUCGGAAUGAAAGUUUAUAUCAUGCAGUCUGUCAAAAGUGGACGAAUUAAAGAAUAAAUAAGCCACAGGAGUUAACGAGUCGCACCUGCAUCGCCCGCGCAUUGAGGACAACACUACAUCGGCUCUACUUGCAUGCGGAAUUCCUUACGGGAUGAACGGAGCGCAGGCCAUGUUGAUCUGUGAUUGCACAUAAAAUAAUCUAACACGAGACAAACGCUCAAGUUCAUCCGCCUCAUCCGUCAACAUGAGCGGCCACCCGCCCCAUAGGAGGGUGGCAAACGUGGGCUCUCUGCUUCUGACCCCGCAGGAGAACGAGUGUCUGUUCAACUACCUGGGCAGGAAAUGCAUCACAUUGUGCUCAGCGGUGGUCCAGGUGUACGGGGCAGACAGGGGCUCGUCCUGGUACAAGAGGUGCUGUGGUGUGGCCUGUUUGGUGAAAGACAACCCUCAGAGGUCUUAUUUUAUCCGUGUCUUUGAUAUCAAGGAUGGAAAAGCAAAGUUUGAGCAGGAGCUCUACAAUAAUUUCAUUGUCAUUUGUUCGAGAGCCUACUUCAUUACCUUUGCCGGAGAUUCUUGUCAGAUGGGCCUCAACUUUGCCAGUGAAGAGGAAGCUAAACGAUUUCGGAGUGCACUCAACGAACUGCUCAACAGACGACAGAGGAAAACUGAGAAAAGGCGUGACCCACCAAAUGGACCCACUCUCCUGAUGGCAACGGUGGACAUCAAGAAUCCCGAGAUAAACAACAAACUUAAUGUGUCCCAUAAGAAUAACAUGGUGCACAGUGGCCUUAACAAGAAGAAAAAGAAGGGCAAGGGCAGUCGGAAGUUGACAAAGGCUGACAUUGGGACACCAAGCAACUUCCAGCACAUCGGUCAUGUAGGAUGGGAUCCGAACACAGGCUUCGAUUUGAAUAAUUUGGACCCAGAGCUGAAGAACCUGUUUGACAUGUGUGGCAUCUCUGAGGCCCAGCUCAAAGAUAAGGAGACGUCUAAGGUCAUCUACGACUUCAUUGAGAAGAAGGGCGGUGUAGAGGCUGUGAAGAAUGAGCUGAGGAGACAAGCACCCCCGCCUCCACCCUCCCGGGGAAAAAAAUUCAUAAGAGCACUAGACAAUUAUCAUCUAUAUGUCAAACUAUAA